AACAUAAUUUCCCAAAAAAAACGUAGAAGUAUAGAUUUAAAAACAAUUGCAGAUCAUAGUAAAGUUGGCAUUGAGUCAUAUUUAUUGGAAUCAGUUAAUACAUCAAAAAAUGGUAAUUUGCAGAGUUUAAAAGUUAUUCUUCUCAUCAUGCAGUUUUGGACCUAAAACAAAAAUUCAAUGGUUCUAGUCAAAGAUAUUUGCAAAAUGAGGAUAAUGUUAUUGAAGUUGAAUUUGAAUUGGCAGGAAACAGAAACAGUUUAGAUGAACAACUAGAAACAAAUCUUCAGCAAGAAUUAUUAGAUCGAAUGGAAACGGCAAUGAACAUUUUAAAAACGGCAGCACAAAAAGGAGAACUUGAUCUCUCGCUCGGUAGCAGACGUGUUAAGAUUGAACAUCUAAGAUUUAAAAGAAGCAAUCCAAAAUUUGUAUGUGAACCUGGAAGUGUAAUUGAGGGAAAUCAAUGUAUAAAAUGUCCUGUUGGAACAUUUUUUAAUGUACUUUUUGAGUAUUGUGAAGGAUGUUCUUUAGGAACAUAUCAAUUCCAAGAAGGACAGUUAUCCUGUCUUGUAUGCCCAGAACGCACAUCAACAACUACAGGUCAAUCUAAAAGUGUUGGAGAAUGUAAAGCACAAUGUUUACCCGGCAGCUUCUCAUCAACUGGAUUAGAAGUUUGUGAAACUUGUCCUCGUGGUUAUUAUCAGCCUCAUUAUGCCCAAACUUCUUGCCUUUCUUGUCCCGGAUUAACAACAACUUGGAGAAGGGGAGCACGUCGUCAAGACGAAUGUCAAGAGACGUGUCCACCGGGUUAUGUAUCGACAACAGGACUCUUUCCAUGUUUUGCCUGUCCUAUUGGUUAUUUUCAACCAGCUGCCGGAGAAAAAGCCUGUUAUCGUUGUCCUAAUGGAGCUACAACAAAUUCACAAGGAUCCACAUCAGUAAAUGAUUGUGCAGGAAUGAAUAAAAUUCUUAAGGAUGAUAAAUUGACUAUACCUUUGAGUGAUCUGUUACUAGUGAAUGAUUGCUUUUCUGUUCCUUGCUUAAAUGGUGCAACAUGUGAAGCUUUAGAUUUUGGAUUUUUAUGUCAUUGUGUUCCUGGUUACACAGGAAUCUAUUGUGAAAAUGAAAUCAAUGAAUGCGAAAGUACUCCUUGUAAAAACAAUGCAACUUGCCGUGAUUUAUUAAAUGAUUAUGUUUGUGUCUGUCUUCCUGGAUUUACUGGAAAUCUCUGCCAAAAGAACAUUGAUGAAUGUGCAUAUGAACCCUGUCUCAAUGGUGGUAUUUGCACUGAUCAUAUUAAUAAAUUUUCAUGCAAAUGCCCUGAAGGUUAUGUAGGCCCAGUGUGUCAAUAUAACAUUGACGAUUGUCUCAGUAAUCCUUGUCAAAAUGGUGCAACUUGCCAAGAUUUAAUUGCCAACUAUACGUGCCACUGUAUACGAGGUUUCACAGGACGUAACUGCGAAACUAACAUUGACGACUGUGCGGAUGACUUUUGCCAAAACAAUGCUACAUGUAUUGAUGGAAUUGAAGAAUUUAUUUGCCAGUGUUUACCUGGAUUCAGAGGAAGAUUAUGUGAAGAUGAUGUAAAUGAAUGCCAGUCAGAACCUUGCAUGAAUGGUGCUACAUGUUUUGACCAAAUUGCCCAUUUUACUUGUCUUUGUGCUCCUUCGUUUACGGGAGAUCUCUGUGAAACUGAAUUGUCCCAGGAUUUUUUUCUUGUGUUUCCAUCAUCUGGAACAUUAGAUUUUCUUCAACUAGAAGGUUUUCAACAUCCUUUGGAUCAUGUUACAGUGUGCCUUUGGAUGACCACAGUUGACAAGCAUAACUAUGGAACUCCCCUCUCUUAUGCUAAUGAAACAGUUGAUAAUCUUUUCACUCUUACCGAUUACAAUGGAUUUGUAUUUUAUAUAAAUAUGCAAGAAGUGGUGACAGAUGUGACUGCUAAUGACGGUAAAUGGCAUCACAUAUGUGUAACUUGGUCUUCACCAACUGGAGCAUGGAGUAUUUAUAAAGAUGGUGAACAGGCAGAUAAAGGGAUAGGAUUAGCAGUAGGAACCUUUAUACCAACCGACGGUAUUCUUGUUGUUGGACAAGAACAAGACGGAAAAGGAAGUGGCUUUAGUUCUCCAGAAUCAUUUAUUGGAUCCAUGUCAUUAUUACAAAUAUGGGAUUAUGUUCUUACUCCAGAAGAAAUAUCGACUUUUACAACCAGAUGUGAUAAUUAUAAAGGAAAUGUAAGAGCUUGGUCUGAUUUUCUUGGAGGAAUUUUUGGACGUGUUGAAAAGAAAUCUUCAGAUUUCUGUAGAGGAUGUAACACACCUGCUGUCCUCAUUCAUGGAGAUGUAACUGUUAGUGGAGUAAAAACAAAUGCUUUAGCAACUUAUCUAUGUCAUCCUGGAUAUAAGAUUACAGGUUCUGUGUCUCGUAAAUGUAUGGUAUACGGUGACUGGUCUGGCGAAAGUCCCUCUUGCACCCGAAUUUCGUGUGGAUUUCCUGGUUAUUUGAAUAAUGGAUUUAUCAGCGGAAGAUCUUAUCUCUAUCAAGAUACGAUACAGUACUUUUGUAAUUCUGGCUAUCAUUUAAAAGGAGGGAGCAUUCGCACUUGUCAAGCAGACGGUUAUUGGAAGGGAGAACCUCCUUACUGCGAAGAGAUAUUAUGCAGUCCACCUUUACCAUUAGAAAAUGGUAAAGUCAUAACAUCUCUCCGAAAAUACAAACCCAGUCAUAAAGUGCAAUUCAAAUGUGAUGAUGGUUACAAGUUAGAUGGAGCUUCGUAUUUAAUUUGUGGAAAUGAUGGACAAUGGAAUCAAAGUCAACCAGUUUGUCAACCGAAAUCCUGUGAAUCUCCUCCACGUGUUCUUCAUGGUCAAGUUGUUGGUCAACAACAGAAGUUUGAAGUAGGCAGCGUAGUUUAUUAUAAAUGCAAUAAUGGUUACAUGAUUAGUAAUUCAAAUGCUGUGAAAUGUGCCAUCAAGAGUCGUUGGGAAGGUGACAUUCCACGUUGUGAAAGAGUAAAUUGUGGCCUUCCUCCAGUUAUACCAAAUGCAAAUUAUGAGGGAAGAGAUCAUAAAUUUGGAGGUGUCAUAACUUACAGGUGCGAACUUGGUUACGAACUUGUGUCAAAUGGUGAAAUAAGCUGCUUGGAAAAUGGAGUUUGGUCCAAACCUAUUCCUCACUGCAAACCUGUUAGUUGUGGCAAAUUAGUUACUCCUGAAAAUGGAUAUAUUCAAGUUAACAAUUAUACAUUUAGUAAUGUUGCAAAGUAUUUCUGCAACACUGGAUAUGAAUUGCAGGGCAUAAGAUCAAGGAAAUGUCGAGCCACAAGAGACUGGAGUGGAGAGUCACCUGUUUGUGUUCCUGUUAGCUGUAGUCAACCUGAAUCCAUCCCUAACGGAAAAUUUGUCGGGAAUGAUUGGACAGUGGGAAAUAUUGUCACUUACAGCUGUCAUCCUGGAUAUAUGUUAAAAGGUGAAAUGGAAAGAGUCUGCUUGGAAAGCGGUCAGUGGUUACACGAAACGCCAAUGUGCGAUCCCAUCGAAUGCUCUCCUCCCGACCAUGUGCAACAUGCCCGCAUUCAUGGAAAAGAUUAUCAUUUUGGACACCGAGUGGAAUAUCAGUGCGAAAUUGGAUAUGAACUGAUAGGUCAAGCCAUAAGAGUGUGUUUAGAAGAUCAACACUGGGGUCCUGAACCACCAAUUUGUAGACCUGUUUCUUGUGGUCGUCCAAUCCAGAUUGAAAAUGGUGAAGUCAUAACUACAAACAAUACAUUUACCGGAGAGGCUAAUUAUCGCUGCCAGGUGGGAUUUCGUCUGGAGGGAAACCAGCGGCGACGUUGUUUGGCAGAUGGCAAAUGGGAUGGUCUUGAUCCAUCCUGUGAAAUUAUAAAAUGUGCCGAACCAAUGCAAGUACAGCACGCCUAUCUAUUAUAUUCAGAUGUCAGGUAUGGAUCAGUUGUUGAGUAUUAUUGUGAUGAAGGUUACAAAUUAAAAGGGCUGAGUCAAAGAAUUUGUAGGGAAGAUGGAUUUUGGGAAGGCGAAGAACCUUACUGUGAGACUAUCCGCUGCCAGUCACCUUCAGUAAUUGAAAACGGUGAUAUAAUGGUUCCAGAUACAAAGUUUGGUACACAUAUUUCUUAUUCCUGUCAUAGAGGUUAUGAACUUGAAGGUCCAAGCAGUAGAGUGUGUCAACAAGAUGAACAGUGGAGUGGAAAAGAGCCUAAAUGUCUUCCUAUAUAUUGUCCAGAUGAUGAACUUAAAUUACCCAAUGGUCAUAUCAAACUAGAAAGUAAUUUGAUGGGUUCUGUUAUUUUAUAUAGUUGUGAUGUCGGUUUUGAACUGAUCGGAUUAAUAUCUCGUACAUGCCAAGAAAAUAAAGAAUGGGAAGGAAUGCCUCCCAUAUGUGCAAAAGUUACUUGUCCACCACCGAUACCGCCAUUAAAUGGCGAAGUGGUCUGGUUUAAUCACAGUUUUGGUGAUUCAAUAACUUACAGUUGUCAUAAAGGAUAUACAUUACAAGGAGAUUUGCAUAGAAUUUGCUUACCAGAUGGUACCUGGAGUAAUCAAGAACCAUUCUGUGAACCUAUCAAAUGUAGUCUUCCAUCUAAUAUUGAGUAUGGUUAUGUAAGAUAUGAUAAUUUAAAUUACAGGUCAAAAGUAAAAUAUAGUUGUCAUAAUGGUUAUAAGUUAAUUGGUUCUAAAUACAUAGAAUGUCGAGCAGAUCACAGUUGGGACGGUGCAGUUCCUCACUGUGAACAAAUUUUAUGUCCAGAACCUCCGCCUAUAAAAUAUGGACAUCAUAUGACAGAGAAUUUUACAAUUGGCUCGAGAGCAAUUUAUGCAUGCGACAAAGGAUUUAUCAUGGACUCUUCUAAGCUAGAAUGUAAUGCAAAUGGAAAAUGGAUAGGAAAAAUACCAUCUUGUAAUAUUGUGUCUUGUUCUGCUCCCUCCAAAUUUAAAUUUGGCAAAAUCAUUGGCAAGAAUUUCACUUAUGGAAAUACAAUACACUUCAAAUGCAAUUCUGGUUGGGAAUUAAUUGGCAAUUCUGUUCUUUUUUGUGAAGAAACUGGAAAUUGGAAUUCAUCAUAUCCUUCUUGCAUAGGCACAUUUUGUCCUUCUCCAGAAGUUAUUCAUCAUGGGCAGAUUAUUGCAACUGAUUUAAAAUAUGGAACAAGCAUUACGUAUCACUGUAAUCCUGGUUACCAGUUGAUAGGUGACAGUUACCGCAAAUGCGAAAUUGAUAAUACGUGGAGUGGCAAGCCACCGAAAUGUUUACCAGUACUUUGUCCCGAACCACCAGAUAUAGCUCAAGGUACCAAAAUAGGUAACUUAUUUGAAUUUGGGUCCAAUGUCACAUUUGAAUGUAAUCAUGGUUAUCUAUUACAUGGAUUGUCAACUUUGCAUUGUUUAGAGAAUGGAACAUGGUCUGCAUCAAUACCAGUUUGUGUAGAAGUAUCAUGUUCCAUUCCUGAACGAGUUAAAAACGGUGAAGUUGUGGUACCUAUCAGAAAAAGGCAAUACCAAAAAGAUGAUUCCAUGCAGGCAGACGAGGGCUUUUUAUUAGGUCAUAGAGGAGAUAUUACUGUAGAUUCUGACAUGAUAAUUGAAGCAUCCCAGUCAGAUAUAUUUCGACUUGGUGCAAGAGUAAUUUAUAAAUGUGCAAAAGGAUUCCAUUUAGAAGGUGAAAGAAUGCGUACAUGCCAGAAAGAUGGUCACUGGUCAGGUGAAACCCCAUAUUGUAAGGCUGUAAGUUGCAAUAAUGUCAGCAGUAUUGAAAAUGGAAAUGUAAGUGUUUCAACCAUUACUUUUCUAUCCGAAAUUAAUUAUACUUGUAAUAGUGGUUACAAAUUGAUUGGAUCUAAUAAACGUAUUUGUUUAUCAAAUGGUUCUUGGUCAGGAAACUCUCCACAUUGUGUGCUCAUUAAAUGUUCACAACCAUCAUCAAUUCCGCAUGGAAAUGUUAAAUGGGAUAAUUUGAACUAUGGAGGAAUUGCAAUGUAUGAAUGCAACACUGGAUACAGAUUAAUUGGAAAUGUAAGUCGGAUUUGCCAAAACAAUGAACAUUGGAGUGGUUUAGAACCAAACUGCCAACCUUUGGAAUGUACGAAACUGACAAAUCCAAAUAACGGAUGGGUUCAAACCAACAGUCUUAUGGUGGGAACAUUAGCAAAAUAUGGAUGUAAAGAAGGAUAUGAACUUACAGGUCCAGCUAUACGCACUUGUCUUAUGAAUGAAACAUGGAGUUCUACAAUUCCUUCUUGUCAUAUAACAAGCUGUUUUCCAUUACCUGCUGUAAAGUAUGGAUACAUUAUUGGUUUGAAAUUUACUUUUGGAUCUGUUGUGAAAUAUAAAUGCUAUACUGGUUACACUUUAAUAGGACCUGCAGAGAGGUCAUGUCUUGCCAAUAAAAGUUGGUCAGGAGAAAGCCCUCAAUGUAAUCCUCUAAAUUGUCCUCGUCCCCAUGCUCCUCAUCAUGGUUCUGUUUAUGUACCCAAACUUGCAGUUGGAAGUUAUGCAAAUUAUUCAUGUUAUGAAGGAUAUGAAUUACGUGGAAAUUCUUCUCGAAUGUGCAUGCCCGAGCUAAUGUGGAGUGGAGAUGUACCUAACUGUGUUAUUAUCAACUGUUCAUCUGUUACUACGAUUCCUUAUGGAUCUGUAAUGUAUACAAACUUUACUUUUGGAUCUGCUGUGAAAUUUUCAUGCCUACCUAAGUAUCAACUGUUAGGUUCUGAAGAAAUAUGGUGUUUACCAAACAAAGAAUGGUCAUCUGAUAUUCCGACAUGUAAUAGAUACAUUUGUGAUAAUCUUAAUAAUGAUAAACACACUCUGAUAUCCCCUCUCGGACCACAUCAAGUUGGUCAAACUGUGAAAUUCAACUGUAUCAUGGGAUAUCAAUUACAAGGAAAAAAUAUGUUAAAAUGUGAUGCAAAUGGUCACUGGGAACAAAGUAUACCAAGGUGUAUACCUGUAGAAUGUGGUCCACCACCUGAAAUAAUGAAUGGAAGAAUAAGUUUCCUUUCUAAUAACAAAUCUAACAGUAUCCAAUAUAUGUAUAAGAGUAAAAUUGCUUAUGUUUGCAAUGAUGGCUAUGAAUUAAAUGGCAGCCGUGUACUUGAAUGCGAAAGGGAUGGUUAUUGGGUUGGAGAAAAACCACAAUGUAUUGAAGUUAACUGUGGGCAUCCACCCAUAGUCCAUCAUUCUACAGUUCAAGUGGAACAUAAACCAGGUCUUUCGACAGCAAUCUACUUAUGCAAUUACGGUUAUAAAUUGAUAGGAUCAGAAAAACAUUUUUGCAAAGAUGGCAAAGAAUGGAACAUAAACAAUACCCAUUGCGAAAAAAUAUUUUGUGGUCCACCUCCGUAUUUUCAAUACAGCAAAUCAAUCAAUUUACUUUCAAAUAAUUAUGAAGUCGGAAGUUAUGUCACUUAUACCUGUUUACCUGGUUACGAAAAUAUCGGAGGAGAAAGUCUUAGUUGUUCAGAGGAAAACAAGUGGAUAGGCAGGAUACCCAACUGUUUGCCGAUCAGCUGUUCUAAGCCUCCUGCACCUAAACACGGAAUUGUCAAAGGUGAAGAAUAUACUUUCCAAAGUAUUGUUUUGUAUAGUUGUGACAAAGGUUACAAAUUAAUUGGAAAAGAUACUAGAGAAUGUCAAUCAGAUGGAAAAUGGGGUGGAGACAUUCCAGAAUGUAAAAUAAUCCAUUGCAAUGAAUUAAAUGAGCCACGUAAUGGAUAUCUAUGGAAGGAAGUCGAAAUCCGACAGCCAAUAGUUGGCGAUCGCAUUUGGUUCUCUUGCGAAAAUGGCUAUAACUUGGUUGGAAGCGAAAGCAUCCAGUGUCAAGAAAAUGGAUUAUGGAAACCAGAAAUUCCACACUGUGCAGCAAUAACAUGUCCACCUCCCACCGACUAUCCCCCUAAAACAGUUAUAAUUAAACAUGAAGAAAUGUUUUCAUUUGGAGAUCAGCUAGCACAUGUUUGCGAAGCAGGAUACAGACCCGAUGGUGAUCUGACUAUAAAGUGUCUGGAAAAUGGAACAUGGUCUCAGCCAAAUGGAAUCUGUUCAAAAGUGUCUUGUGGACGACCACAGAUUAAUAAUGGUGGAAUUGUUCUUGGAAUGUCCUACAUGUAUCAUGACAAGGUUGUUAUUAAAUGUCCUCCUGGAAGUAAAUCUUCUGGAAAGGUUGUCCUUACAUGUAAGGGAAAUGGUAAAUGGAAUGAUGAACCGUAUUGCCAAGCAUUAUGUCCCCAUCCUUGCUUGAAUGGAGGGCAUUGUAUUCCUCCAGGAAUAUGUGCUUGUCCUCCAGGAUUUGCUGGUGAACUUUGUCAACAAGCAAUUUGUAUUCUGCCUUGUCUAAAUGGCGGAACUUGCAUAGAACCAUAUAAAUGCAGUUGUGAGGAGGGAUUCACUGGCUCACGAUGUGAAACAGCUAUAUGCCAACCGCACUGUCAGAACAGUGGACUCUGCAUAGCUCCUAAUCUAUGCCGAUGUAGGAUUAAUUUUAGAGGUCCGCAAUGUCAAUAUGAAAAUUUUAGAAAUCAUAGACCAUUGACAAGAUACAAGUAUUGAGAGUGAUGCCACUUUAAAGUAUUAUUAUAUAUAGGUAUAUUAUACAUUGAAGAUGUUCCUGAAACUUCAGAAAUUAUCAAAGAACACAUUUAACGACUUGUGUCGUUAUUAAACAUUGCAAAAGUCGGAUUAAAUUAAUUACAAUCGACAAAUUAUCAUCAUCAUAAUUUAUAUCAUAGAGUUAAAUCGAUUUAAUAUCUAUUCAUUAGACAUUAGAAUUAAUCUUUUUUUUUUUUUUUAAGCAAAUGAAAUUUUAAUUUUGUCGACUGUUUUUACUUAAUCCAAUUAAAUGGAAUAAAAUGUUUGUCAUUUUUUAAUUCCACUUCACUUUUGUAAAUAUUUAGCAUUUAAAAUUGCAUUAAUUUGAGUUUUAUAUUGUUAAAUUUACUACAUAAUAUUCAAUUUUCUUCUAUAAAUGAGGAUUUAUGUGUUUGCAAGUGUAUAGAAGUAAACAAAAUGAAAUAUAUAUAAUUUAAAAUAAAUUUUGUCACAGCUUGAAAUGUAAAAUUUGUUUUUU